UUAACGGAUGUCUGAUUAAUCAUAGUAAUUCCCCUUGAUGAGUGGUUUUUAUAUUUUUUGGUGUGUAUUAAUAGUUCGCGAUUACUCGGCCAGUAGCAAACCGAUUUUUUUGUUUGUAAAAUGAAAUUUAAUUAUGUGUUACGUUUGUUGUUAAUUUUAGUGUUCGCAUUAACUGGAAUACACUCCCAAAUGUGUAUUACAUUAAAAUUUACAACAAGAUUAGUCCCGGAGACGUUUCUUACUUACGAACUUAACGACGAGUUUGUUUUGAUUACGAAGAAAACGUAUGCAACGAAAUACGACAUUACGGAACACAAAAUUUGCUGUGACGGAUACAAAAAAGAAGACGGCGAGGAACCUAGCAAUACAACAUGCAAGCCUGAAUGUCACUCAGAUUGUAAGAAUGGCUAUUGCAAGCGCCCUGACGAGUGCGCGUGUAACGCUGGGUACACACUGCGAAAUGACACCUGCACUCCGCACUGUGAGCACUGUGAGCACGGCACCUGUGUCGCUCCCAACAUGUGCUGGUGCGAUGCCGGGUACAGAAUCGAGGACGGCAUCUGUCAGCCCGUGUGCACCACUCCUUGUGUCCACGGCACCUGUGUAUUCCCAGACACGUGCCAAUGUCUUUCCGGGUACAGAAAAACUACAAAGAUUAAAUGUUACUGUUGCACUACUAUGGUUUGUAAAUCUAGUACAACCUGUAGCUGCGGAUUGUAUUUACACUUACGGAAAGAAGAAACUGAAUCGAACGAAUGCAUUCCUGAAUGUCAACGAUCAUGUGGAAAUGGAACCUGUGUUAAUCCGAACCAAUGCGAAUGCUUUCCAGGGUACUCAGUCCAUAACUAUACCCAGAUGAAUCUUUCAGACAAACCCGUGUGUGUGUUAACAGACGAAACAAGUACCACAAGGGCACCUACGAGGAGCCUUCCGUUGAGUACAACGACAACAUACAAAUUAUUAACCGAAUCAAACGGUACAACCUCUUCCACUACAGCAUCUACAAAAAAUAUAUAUUUUACUAAGGUUCAUAACUCUACAACUGUUGCCUAUGAUUUUGAAAGCAGAACAACGCCUGAAAGUAAAUUAUUAACAGAUGUAAACUACCCGAUGGCCAUAAACGCUUCAACAAUGAUACAUACCGACGUGACAUUAACCAACAAGGCAGAAUAUGGAUCUACUACCACCACCGUGUCAUACUUUAUAAGCGAUGUGACCGUUACCGAAGGAGCAAAACUUAACAUCACAAGCACUGAAAGAAUAAAUGCUGAGUCAUGGAUGCAACAAAAUGGAAUAUUCGUUUGGAUAUCAGUUGUGUUACUAUUAGUUGGAAUCAUAAUAUUAUUAGUUUGGCGACGGAUACCAAUGAGGAUUAUCGAUAGAUUCAGGGGAAGAAGUUAUUAUGUCUACAGAUAUCAUAAUGCGGACUUGUAAGCGUAGUAUUAAGAAAACAAUAAUAAUUAUAUUCAUCAUUAUGUUAUCACUCUUAAACGGAAAAAAUGAUCUCUCCUCUGGUUGAUCCUAGAUUAUCACUCUAUUCAAUUUCAAUUUUAAGUUUUAAUAGUUUAAUAAAUCAAGUAUAAAAUUG